AUGCCUUCCGUUCAAACACGUUCCUCUUCACCACAGACAACGGUUACUACUGAUCUCAAGCAGCGAGUCAUCACCUGUCUCAACCGCCUCUCCGACCGCGACACUCAAUCUCUCGCCGCGUCGGAACUCGAUUCCAUCGCUCUUAACCUCUCACCUGAGAGUUUCCCUCUCUUCAUAAACUGUCUCCAAACCACAGACUCCUCCGCCAAACCUCCCGUUAGAAAACACUGCGUCUCCCUCCUCUCCGUCCUCUCGCGCUCCCAUGGAGACUCCCUCGCUCCUCACCUCCCUAAGAUGGUCUCCAUCCUCCUCCGCCGUCUCCGCGAUCCUGACUCCACCGUCCGCGCCGCCUGCGCAACAGCUUCCGUUGAUAUGACCACCAACAUCACCGAGCCGCCUUUCUCCGCAAUCUCCGGACCUCUGAUCGAGACGUUAAUCCACGACUGCGAUCACAACGCGCAGAUCGGAGCCGCCGUGUGUCUUGCGGCGGCGGUUGAGGCGGCGGGUGAGCCUGAGGUUGAGCAGCUGCAGAGAGCGCUUCCGAAGAUGGGGAAGUUGCUUAAGUCGGAAGGUUUCAAGGCGAAACCGGAGCUUUUGGUAGCAAUAGGGAGCGUUGUCGCCGCAGUUGGUGGUGGAAACAGCGACAAGGCGGUGCUUGAUUGGCUUGUACCUAACGUAUUGGAGUUUCUAAGCAAUGACGAUUGGCAUGCGAGAAGAGCUGCUGCAGAGGCUAUAGGUAGAGUAGCUAUGGCUGAAGAAGAGUUGGCUCCCUUGUAUAAGAAGGCAUGUGUGGAUGUGCUUGAGAGCAGAAGGUUUGAUAAGGUUAAACUCGUUAGAGAGACUAUGACUCAUACAUUGAGUUUAUGGAAGCACCUUGGAUAUGACUCUCAAGAGUCUUCUUCUUCGGGGAAAAGAAGCAAAGACAAGAAUACAAACGUAACCAUAAGCUCAAAGUUGAAUCAUGUUGAAGAGAAAGAUAGCAAUGAAGCUAAGGAGAAGCGUAAUCUUUCGCCAUUGAGAGCUAAGAAGGUUUUGUUUCCGGCCAAGCCAAAGCCGUGCAAGGUCAAAGAGAAUAUAUCUAACAAGUCACAAGUUGUUCAGACUAGUGAUGAAGAAGAGAGUAGUCAUGAAGGAAGUAGUUCUUCUCAGAGAAAGAAUGCAGAAGAAGAGUUGACUCUGAUAAGAAACCAGAUUACUAGGAUCGAAAAACAACAGUCUAGUCUCUUGGAUCUCUUUCAGCGAUUCAUGGAGAGCUCACAGAACGAAAUGCAUUCUCUGGGGAGACGAGUGCGUUGUCUCGAGACAUCUUUCAGUGUACUCUCCACUGAUUUGUUAGUUUCUCGCAACAUAACACAAACUGGCAACCACAAACGAAAUGCCCAUUUACAGAAAUGA